GCAGAAGCUUUUUAUUUUGAUGAGGUCCCAAUAGUUCGUUUUUGCUUUCGUUUCCCUUGCCUCCAGAGAGGUGUUGAGUAAACAGUUUCUGCGGAUGGCAGAAGGUUUUUGGGAUUUAGCCACGUUGUUGCAGGUAUCAGUAGCUUUUUCCCUCUUUGUUGCUGAGAAGUGUGCCGUUGCAAGAAUGUGCCGUAGUUUGUUUAUUCGCCUCCUGGUGCUGGAUAUUUGGAUUGUUUCUAGUCCGGAAGAUUAUGAAUAAAGCUGCGCGAACAGUGCUGUCCAUGUUUGUGUUCACAUUCAGCGUUCUUGGGUAAAUAUCUCGAAGUGGAAUUGUUGAGUCAUAGGGUGGGUGUUUAACUGGGAGAAAGUGCCAGGCCGCUUUUCUUUUCGAAGUGGUUGCUGCGUUGGUUACUUUUUAAAAUAUAUGCAAGUAAUUGGGGAUUUGGUCUCAUUGUAGAGAUGCUGCUCUAAACAUGUCGUCUGAGCAGUCUUGUAUUUUGCAAAGCCAGCUUUACUUUAAAACAUUGUUACGUAAGCUUAUCUGAAAACAGUUCAAAGUAUCAUUGCAUAUUAAUAGUUGGUUACCGCUAGCUAUGUGAACAAAGUUACUGUAUAUAAAUACCAUAUUUUAAAAGUCUUCCCCCUCCCCCCCCCAUUAGUUUCAGCAGCUUUGGAGUCACGGCCACAUCUGUUCCUCAGAAGGGGCUCAGGGCUGGAAAGGUGCUUGGGGACAGUGGCCGGGGUGGAGGUGGGAGGACAGGCGGGGGGGUCGUCGGGUAGGUGCUGAGGGAGAAGUGGCUUCUGAGGCAGGACAGUGAGCAGCCUCGCUCUGCUCUGGAGCGUCUGUCUGGUGGCAGGGACUGGGGGGCCCCCAGAGAGGCGCCUCCCGCCUCCUGACCCCUGGCCCCUCCUCCUCCCCGACUUGCACGCCAGCCUCCCGCUGUCCUAAUCAGGGGUUUUGGUUUCGGAAGACAGCACCGACGGAGGGUUUGCUUGAGCAGAAUAAUCUAUUGCAAGGACACGGGAGAAAGAACGGACAGGCGCCGGGACGGUGGGCCAGCCGACUGUAUUUUAUGCUGUCUCCUGAGUUCUUUCUCUUUGUCACUUAGCUCUCCUUUUGGGAGAGUUCCUCACUCUCCUGUCCGAUCCUGUUUUUAAAAUUCUGUCACCAUUUUUAUUUUCAGUAACUAGGAAGUUCUCAGAAUGUUCCUCUUUUGUUUCACAGAUACGAUUUCUUAUUUCUUCUUAAGUUCUCUCUCUGCCUUUUGCCUGUUCUGUGUUUCUUUCUGGGGCUCUAGCCUUUCGCGAGCCCCGUUGUGGGCUUUUUUCAAAACAUCUGACCCACGUGUAAGCCAAAGAAUUAUGCUGUCCUCCUUGAACGCACACAGCGAUGCGUGCCAGUCAUAUUUCAGAAAGACUGGAAAUAAAAUGGACAGCUUGAAAAAAAAAAAAACUAAUGAAAAGAUUCGUGCUGGGAAUAAAGACUGUUUAUGUCGGGGGUCCCGCCCACCUUGUUAUCUUCAGGCCCUUUUUCUCAGGGCCACACACGAGUGCUUCUACAGAGGCCACGUCUGGUUGCCGCCCGCGGGUGACCGGGAGCCAGAGGGAGACGCCACGGGGGGCGGUCUUUUCCUCCAGUAGGCGGUCCUCACUCGGUUCCCCGUCUCCCUCCCUCCCCGCGGGCCCGGCAUCCCCUGUCCAGCACCUCUCCCCUCGUGGUCUGCCUCUGUCCGGUUUUCUCUGUGGUUCUCCUGCUGUGGCCGCUAAAACCGUUGCCGGCUUUUGAAACACAGGCUGGUCGGAUGUGGCCUGGAUUCUCCCUGGGGAUCUUUCUCAAGAGAUCCCGUCACAUAGGACACUAUGCACCUUCACAUCCUGAAGAAAAGGCGCAAAAUGUUCGCGUAAUGCUUCGAGCUCGUUUGUGAGGGUGCCCGGGGACACCAUGCCGUCAUCAGGACACCGGCUCCGGGAUGUCGAGCAUCAUCCUCUCCUGGCCGAAAACGACAACUACGACUCUUCGUCGUCCUCUUCCUCCGAGGCUGACGUGGCCGACAGGGUCUGGUUCAUCCGCGACGGCUGCGGCAUGAUCUGCGCCGUCAUGACGUGGCUCCUGGUCGUCUAUGCGGACUUUGUGGUGACUUUCGUCAUGCUGCUGCCUUCCAAAGACUUCUGGUACUCUGUGGUCAACGGAGUCCUUUUUAACUGCCUAGCGGUGCUGGCCCUGUCGUCCCACCUGAGAACCAUGCUCACAGACCCCGGGGCAGUGCCCAAAGGAAAUGCCACUAAGGAGCACGUGGAGAGUCUGCAGCUGAAACCCGGGGAGGUGAUCUACAAGUGUCCCAAGUGCUGCUGCAUCAAGCCUGAGCGUGCCCAUCACUGCAGUAUUUGCAAAAGAUGUAUUCGGAAGAUGGAUCAUCACUGCCCGUGGGUGAACAAUUGCGUGGGAGAAAAGAACCAGAGGUUUUUCGUGCUCUUCACUAUGUACAUAGCUCUGUCCUCAGUCCACGCUCUGAUCCUCUGUGGCCUCCAGUUCAUUUCCUGUGUCCGAGGGCAGUGGACCGAAUGCAGUGACUUCUCGCCUCCGGUGACUGUAAUCCUGUUGAUCCUCCUGUGCCUUGAGGGUCUUCUGUUUUUCACGUUCACCGCGGUUAUGUUUGGUACCCAGAUUCACUCCAUAUGCAAUGACGAAACGGAGAUCGAGAGGCUGAAGAGUGAGAAGCCGACGUGGGAGCGGAGGCUGAGAUGGGAGGGGAUGCGGUCUGUCUUCGGGGGGCCCCCCUCGCUCCUCUGGAUGAACCCCUUCGUCGGCUUCCGGUUGGGGCGGCCGCAGACCAGACCCAGGAAAGGAGGCCCAGAGUUCUCCGUCUGAGGCCCGUCGGCGGACGCGAAGGGAUUCAGUCGAGUCCGGAAGGGCGGCGGCAGCUCACCUGUGACCAGUAGGGCGAACGGAACCGACAGGCCAGUUGCCUGCAGCAAGCAGUUUUAUGUUUGUAGUCACAGAUCGCAGACUGCCCACGUCAGCGACCGGGGGCCGGUUUCCGCCUGUACGACUAACAGAAGGUAUGUGGCCGCGUGAAGAAGUGUCACGACCUUCCUGCACACUUAGGGUUCUGGUUCGGGACACUGCAUUUUCUAAGAGGUUGUGUGGGGUAUUACAUGGGUUAUUAAAAUCCUGUGUCCUAAAGCUGCUUUUUUCAGUCAUGAAGAGAAAAAAACAAGUCAAUCCAGUGAAUGAGAAUUCUCCAGCUUAACGGUUUCAGGGCGUUCCUGUUGGCCCUGGGAUUCAUUAGUGCGCGCCCUUGAUCGAGGAGGGGCCCUGACACAGAAAACACUUUGGUCUCGAUGAGCUUCGAUACUUUGCACUGAGUUUGCAAACGAUCUGUGCACUGAACGGUGAAGGUGGCCUUCGGCACGCGCCCACUGCCCCGAAGAGGCCGCUUCGACCCUGUCGGCAGGUCUGCGUGUGUGCGCGCGCGCGUGUGCUUAAGAUGGGCGGUGUUGUUGCGGCAACCUAACAGGUAACAGCUGCGUGCGGCCGGCGAGCUGCUUUCCAGAAUCCGAGGUUUCAGGGAUGAGGGGAGAGCUGCCUCGGGACCCUUGUCCCCUGGGGCUUGUCAUGAAUUAUGAAUGUAUUGCAUUUUGGAGAAUGUCUUGAUCCAAAGAACAAUCACUCCCGUGUGGUCCUUCGUUGCCCUCCUGUUUUGACUUUAUUUUCCAGGUCCCGAGUGCGUGAGGGCCUCGGAACUGGUGUUUUUUUUUUGUUCCAGCCACAUCAGGAGUGUCCAAGCGGCACUUCGGUGAGAAGUCUCGCGGCGGCCGGGUACGCCGUGCGGCCGGAUGCCGCUGCCGGGGGUGGAGGGGGGCGGGCAUGGCCACAGACACUCGCAGAGAGACACGGGCGGCACGGAGGACGUGAGGGGACCCCAAGGCAGAGCCCCGGGACCCCGAGCCUCAGUCACUCGCAGAGUAUUCAGGACGGCAACAGCUUUAUUUUUUGUGUCGUUCAUGUUUGUUUUUCCACCACGUCCCAAGCGAUCCAGUAGGACCUUUGGUGCAGAGCUUAAACUUCCAUCAGACAGCAAACAGCUCCCCUCCGUGGGGACUCGCCUUAAACUUGCUCGGUCUGUACCUGUUUUGCGGGACUCCGGACGAAGCGGUCCUUGACAAAGCCCGAGGCUCUCCUCCAAGCCUGCCUGCACGCUGACGAGAGCCGGUGUUCCCCUCCCGGCUUCUACGCCUUUCCGUUCACCCGUGAGCUGUUUGGGUUUGGGUUUUGGUUUUAACGAACCCGCACCCUGUCCCAGUCAGGCUUCCGCCCCUGCUGACGCAGACCCACGGGGGACCUACCCGAGACACGCAGCUGUAGCCAGGCGAGCAAAGCGGAGGGAUGUCCCGGAGACGGACUGAGAGCCCCGGGGGAGGGGCCGUGUCCCCACCAGAGGGACAGGCCCCAGGGGCCCAGACGCGGCGAGCCGCCAGGAGUCGUGCUGCGUCACGCGUCUACACAUCCGUUGUCCGCGGUGGGCGCGUGUGUCCGGCUUCGGUGUGAGGCUUUUAACGUGUGUACCUGUUUAUCAAUAAAAAGUGGUCCAAGUGGUGGAUUCCCGUGAGACUCGG